AUGAUGACAGUUUCUAGCAAAACAUUCUCUUCACUUCAGUUUUUCACUCUUUUCUACCUCUUUACAGUUGCAUUUGCUUCCACUGAGGAAGCAAUUGCCCUCUUGAAAUGGAAAGCAACUUUCAAGAACCAGAAUAAUUCCUUAUUGGCUUCAUGGACGCCAAAUUCUAAUGCAUGCAGGGACUGGUAUGGAGUUAUAUGCUUUAAUGGUCGGGUAAACGAGUUGAAUAUGACAAAUGCUAGUGUCAUUGGUACACUCUAUGCUUUUCCGUUUUCAUCUCUUCCUUUUCUUGAGCAUCUUGAUCUUAGCAGGAACAAUAUCUCUGGCACCAUUCCACCUGAGAUUGGUAUUCUCACUAAUCUUGUCUAUCUUGGUUUGAACAUCAAUCAGAUUUCAGGAACAAUCCCACCACAAAUAGGAUCACUAGCCAAGCUUCAGAUCCUCCGCAUAUUUGGCAACAAUUUAAAUGGCCCCAUUCCAGGAGAAAUAGGUUAUCUAAGGUCUCUUAGAGCCCUAGAUUUGAGUGAUAACUCUCUUUCUGGUUCUAUCCCUGCUUCAUUGGGGAAUUUCAACUACUUGUCUUUACUAUAUCUUUAUAAUAAUCAGCUUUCUGGUUCUAUUCCAGAAGAAAUAGGUUACCUGAGGUCUCUUACUGAAAUAUUUUUGAACAGAAACUUUCUUAAUGGUUCUAUUCCUUCUUCAUUGGGGAAUUUGAACCACUUGUCUAUUUUGUGUCUUUAUGAUAAUCAUCUUUCUAGUUCUAUUCUUGAAGAAAUAGGUUACCUAAGGCCUCUUACUAAGCUAUUUUUGGGUAUGAACUCUCUUAAUGGUUCUAUUCCUGCUUCCUUUGGCAAUUUGAGAAAUUUGCAAAAGCUCAAUUUCUACAUGAACGAUAUCUCUGGCACCAUUCCACCUGAGAUUGGUAAUCUCACUAAUCUUGUCUAUCUUAACUUGAACACCAAUCAGAUUUCAGGAACAAUACCACCACAAAUCGGAUCACUAGCCAAGCUUCAAAUCCUCCGUAUAUAUGACAACCAUUUAAAUGUCUCUAUUCCUGAAGAAAUAGGUAACCUAAGGUCUCUUAUUAAGCUAUCUUUGGGUAGGAACUUUCUUAGUGGUUCUAUUCCUGCUUCAUUGGGGAAUUUGAACAACUUGUCUUUUUUGCUUCUUUAUGAAAAUCAACUUUCUGGCUCUAUUCCUCAAGAAAUAGGUUACCUUAGGUCUCUUACCUGUCUAUCUUUGAAUAUUAACUUUCUUAACGGUUCUAUUCCUGCUUCAUUGGGGAAUUUGAACAACUUGUCUAUUUUGCUUCUUUAUGAAAAUCAACUUUCCGGCUCUAUUCCUCUAGAAAUAGGUUACCUAAGGUCUCUUCAUGAACUAGAUUUAAGUUAUAACUCUCUAAAUGGUUCUAUUCCUGCUUCAUUGGGGAAUUUGAACAACUUGUCUCUUUUGUAUCUUUAUGACAAUCAACUUUCUGGCUCUAUUCCUCAAGAAAUAGGUUACCUAAGGUCUCUUACUCAUCUUCGUAUGAAUAAAAACUCUCUUAAUGGUUUAAUUCCUCCUGAAAUAGGUUACCUAAGGUCUCUUAGUUUCAUAGAUUUGAGUAUUAACUCUCUUAAUGGUUCUAUUCCUGCUUCAUUGGGGAAUUUGAGAAAUGUGCAAAGUAUGUUUCUUGAUGAAAACAAUCUCACUGAGGAAAUUCCUUUAUCUGUGUGCAAUUUGACAUCACUGAUAUUUUUGUUUAUGCGGAGAAACAACUUGAAGGGAAAAGUUCCGCAAUGUUUGGGUAAUAUCAGUGGCCUCCAGGUUUUGACGGUGUCACAUAAUAAUCUCAGUGGAGAGAUCCCUUCAUCUAUUUCCAAUUUAACAUCACUACAAAUUCUAGAUUUGGGCAGAAACAAUCUGGAGGGACCAAUACCACAUUAUUUUGGCAAUAUUAGUAGCCUCCAGGUUUUUGAUAUGCAGAAUAACAAACUUACGGGGACUCUUCCAACAAAUUUUAGCAUUGGAAGUUCACUUGUAAGUCUCAACUUGCAUGGCAAUAAACUAGAGGGAAAAAUACCUCGAUCUUUGGCCAAUUGCAAAAAGUUGCAAGUUCUUGAUCUAGGAGAAAAUCAUCUCAAUGACACAUUCCCCAUGUUGUUGGGAACUUUGACAAAGCUGAGAGUUUUAAGAUUGACAUUGAAUAAAUUGCAUGGACCCAUAAGAUCAUUAGGGGCUGAAAUCAUGUUUCCUGAUCUUAGAAUCAUAGAUCUCUCUUACAAUGCCUUCUCGGAAGACUUACCAACGAGUUUAUUUCAACAUUUGAAAGGCAUGAAGACGAUUGAUCAAACAAUGAAGUUACCAAGUUAUGAAGCAGAUGGAUAUUACGAAGACUCGGUUGUUGUUGUAACAAAGGCAAUGAAGCUUGAAGUUGUGAGAAUUUUGUCUUUGUACACAGUUAUCGAUCUUUCAAACAACAAAUUUGAAGGACAUAUUCCUAGUGUUCUGGGAGAUCUCAUUGCGAUUCGGGUACUGAAUUUAUCUCAUAAUGGAUUGCAAGGUCAUAUACCUCCAGCACUUGGAAGUUUAUCUGUAGUGGAAUCAAUGGACCUUUCGUUUAACCAGCUUUCGGGAGAGAUACCACAACAACUUGCUUCUCUUACGUCUCUUGAAAUCUUAAAUCUCUCUCACAAUUAUCUCCAAGGAUGCAUCCCUCAAGGACCUCAAUUUCUUACCUUUGAGAACAAUUCAUAUGAAGGUAAUGAUGGAUUACGUGGAUUCCCCAUUUCAAAAGGUUGUGGCAAUGAUCCUGUGUCAGAGACAAACUAUACAGUGUCUGCGCUAGAAGAUCAAGAAAGAAAUUCUGAAUUUUUCAAUGAUUUUUGGAAAGCAGCUCUGAUGGGCUAUGGCAGUGGACUAUGCAUUGGCUUAUCCAUAAUAUAUUUCUUGAUCUCAACUGGAAAUCUAAGAUGGCUUGCAAGAAUCAUUGAAGAACUGGAACACAAAAUUAUCAUACGAAGGAGAAAGAAGCAGCGAGGUCAAGGGAAUUACAGAGGAAGAAAUAAUCGCUUCUAGACAAGUUUGAUUU